GCUGCAGUGUCUCAACAAAACUACCCGCGAAAAGGUGCGUGCCGUCGUAUAUCAGAAAUCAGAAUGGUGCCCCUCGUCGUUGUUAUUGCUACGAUGGCCCGUUGAAGUUUCAAUUUUUUUAAAAGAGUGCAGUUCUCCAGUGCAACGGAGGUGCGCAAGGACAAAGAGGAUGAUGGCCUUGGAGGCGCUACUACCCUCGGAAGUCGCGCGUUUGGUUUACGGUUAUCUACUUGACGAGAGAUGCACAGAGACAGCACAAUCAUUGCUUAAUGAGUCUACAAAUUUGCUCGAAUGUCGAAGAGUUGUAUCCCGUGGUAAAACAUUCACAACUCGUGUUGGUGGACAUACUUUAAAAACUAUAUUGGAUAAUUUUUGUGCUGUGAACUCUAUUGUGCAAGAUAAAGUUAGUAAAAUUGAUAACUUAGAUGAACUAAAUCAAUGUUACGAUUUUGUGGACAUAAUUAAAUUUUUCUUAGAAGACUACAAGAAACAAACAACUAUUGUUAAAGUUGAUGCUUCUACACAGGUCACACCAUCCAAACCAAGUGAAUCACUUGAAAAAUUGCAGAAAACAUGUUCUUGUUUCAGCACUAAUGAAGGGCAACCUACACAAAGAGUAGUACAAAGGUUUGAUAAAGAAGCUCAAACAGAAACUUCAUUUUAUGAACCUAGUGCAGUAGAAGCGACUCCAUUGCAAGAUUUACCUGGUUAUAUUGGUCAUUCAGAAAAUGGAAAGUUUCAAACCAAAAGGACAAAAAAUGAAAUUCAGAAAGUUAACGUACAUGAAAAACAAAAUGAAGAGAUCAGUCCUGAAACUUCUAAGCAAUAUGCAAAUUCUGAAGUUCAGACUUCUACAACACAAAAAUCCGAGAGAUUUGAUAAAAAUGUUAUGACUGAUAUUGUAGAAAAACCACUCAACAACUGUGUGGACACUGAAGUACAAACUUCUGAAAUCGGAUCUCCUGAUUCAGGAGUACCACCUAGCAGUGUUGAAAUUUUAGGUGACAUAACGUUAGAGCUGUUAAAUCGUACAGAAGUACAAGAAAAAAUAGCUGAAAAUAUCAACAGGGUGCUUGGAUCAAAAAAAUCUGUAUAUUUUUCUAAUAAGCCUUCUGAAGGUACCAAAGAAGAGGCAAGUAAAUCAUUUAUCGCAAAAUUAAAUAAGACUGUACAGACAGCGCUUAAUAAGACUGAAAAUGAUCCAGAACUUCUUGAUUUACUUAAUGAAUUCAUUCAACCUGUGGAUGAAAUCAUGAGUACUGAAGAUGAAGCAGAUAUGGAAGUAGACAAUGUAGAUAUAUUUCAAGAGAAUAUGGAUUUAGAUUUUGGAGACGCUAUAUCGAAUCUUAAGAAUAAAGAGACAGUAUUAGCAGCGAAUGGGCAAAAUCCAGCUAAAAUUAUAAUAGAACAAAAUCAUAGUGAUGAAACACACAAUACUGUAAGUGCAGAAAACAAUCCAACACAAGUUGAAUUUGUUCCAACUCAUAUAACAAAGAAUAUUGUAAAUCAAGUAUUACUGGAGAAUAGACAAAGUCAAAAUAAAAUUUUAGGAGAACAAAAUAUUAGUGAUGGAACAUACACUACAAGUGCACAUAGCAAUGUAAUAACAGCGUCGCAAGCUGAGUAUGAUCCGACCCAUAGUACAAAGUGUAUCGCUAAUCAAGCCAUAGUUAAAGUUCCUAGCAAUACUCAAAAUAAUUUAGAGACGAUUGUUUCAAGUUCUUUGAGUUCUGCAGAAUCACAGGCAUUGCAACAAAAACCUGUGCCUACAUCGGAUAAUUUUUUUACGCAAAACAAUACAAUAACAUCAACACCUCUUAAAACUUAUACAGCUGUUCAAGGUUUUGACCCAUGUGAUUGGUUUUCCACGGAAGCUUUACUAACACCAGACAUUGACUAUCAUAAGCAUUCAGUCUUCAAAAAUCCAUAUACUGCUUGUGAAACAGUUGUACCUACUACAACACUGAUUUCACCCAUUGCAUCUAAAGAUACGACGAAUAUUGCAGAAAAAGUGACAUCAAUAAAUUGUUCUACAGCGAAUGCAAUCAAAAAUAGAACGUUAAAUACGCCAGAUGUUACUUUCCCACCAAAAAGUAAUUUCCCAAGCAGUACAAAUCCAGUAUUUCCUAUAAAGUUGUCUCUGAGUAAAGAUUCGGAAAAUCAGAUAAGUCCUGAAAUAAAAAAUAACUUGCCUGGUUUACAUUCUAUGCAAAAAGUUAAUAGAAUUGCAGAUAAUAAUAAUUCAUCAUCUUUAUCAAACGAAAAACUGUUUGGCUCAGAAUCAAUUAUAUUAUAUGGCAUGGAAAAUAAUGCAACUACCGUACCAACGCUCGUAACUAUACCAGAAAUUGAAGUUGAAGAUUCAAUAACACUUACUGGUAUCGGACUCUCGCCAUUCAUAAAAAUAAAUAAAACUUCAAAGGAUACAAAACUAGAAAAAAGUGACCCAGUUGCUAAUCAUGCCAUUUUAUAUGGUCGACCUAGUGAAUCUAAUAUUGCUGUUACACUAGAAAAUCAAAAAAUUUCAGAGAGUACACUAAAAAGAAACGCUUGUACUACUGAAGUAGUAACAAAGAGUACUCCUAAAAUAUUAAAAGAAAACCGAUCGAAAAACAAUCGGUUAAGUCUGUCAACUCCAAAGAAACCGAGCAGUCAUGUGCGAGCCCUGAAUUUCGAAACGCCGAUCCCUCGGUCUAAGUCGGAAAGUAAAGCGAAUGAAAAAACAACUGGCAGAUCACCUGAUUCGAUUAUGAAAGAGCUCAAAAAUGCAUGCAAAUCAUCUUUGUUUCAAUCUCCUGAAAUUACAAACGUAGAAAUCAUCGAACAAAACGAUUUGCCUUCAGAUAACGGUGGUGAAAACGUCGAUCUGAAAAAUCUCAAGGGAGAAACAAUUGUAAACCAUAAUGAGGCAAAAAAGCAAGCAAUUGCUAUAAAUGAAAACGUGUCUUGUAAACCUGAUGCUAUAAAGGUAGAAGGCAAAAAGAAAAAAAGUUGGGAUGAAGAUCUUAGAACAAUGAUAGGUCAAGCUACAGAAGCAGUAAAAGAACCUUCCAAAAAAUCUAAGAAGAAAAAAAAGUCAAAAGAUACCGAAAAAGGCAAUGAUAAAAUCGAUUCUAAAAUAUCGAUAAAACAAAACAAGUCGACGCCUAAAAAAUCUAAGAAGAGUUUCAAGAAAACGCCUAAGAAAUCGAAAAAGAACAAUAAAUCAGAAGCCUCUAACGAUGCAAAAAACGUGAAUACUGAAAAAACUAAAAUUGAUAUUGAGAAGCCUGAAGAAAUGAUUCCGCUUCCAAAUAGUAUAGAAGACAUGCCUGUGGUUUUAAAUGAAUCGGAAGAAAUACAUAUACCUUUAAAUAAUUCAGAAAUAACAUCUGUUGGCCAAAAUAAUUCCGAAAAAACACCCAUAGUUCCAAAAAAUUUAGAAGAAAUGCCUGUACUUACGAAAAGUUCAAAAGAAACGUCUAUACUUCCAAAUAGCUCAGAAGUAACGCCUAUGAUUCCGAAUGGUCCAAAAGAUGAAAUUACUAAAACUACAAAUGAUGGGAUACUUAGUAAUAGCUCACUCGAAGCGUUAUUAUCUAAUAGCAUAAACGAUGACAAUGCUGUCGGCAUAACAGACGUAAUGAAGUUGGCAGCCGAGGAGUUGGACAAUCUAAGCAAAUUAAACCAUAAUGACUCUGUGAGCAAUAUUGUUGGUGGUACCAAUCACGAUAUUGUAGAAAAGAUGCAACACGACGAGGAGCUUAUGACUGCAGCAUUUGAGAAUCGGACUGAAAAUAUAUCGUCAAACUGCUUAAAGGAGAAGGAAAUAGAAUCUAUUGAUAAUAAAAUAGUAAAGCCAGAUGAUGUAAAAAACUUUGUAGACUACAAAAAGCUGGAUACUCAACUAAACAUCGAAGAACUAAAUGUCACUCCACCAUUUACCAAUAACAGUAUAAUAGCCUCCAUUAGUAGCGGUAGUAGCCAAAAAGCCGAGGUGAUUUACGACAGGGUAAGCAAGAUUGAGCGCGGCCGCAUCGUUCAGAAGAAAUACGCCCGCCUUCAUACUCUCGACACUAAAAUUGCGUCCAAGUCUAGCCUGAACAAUUUUUCAAUGGAAAUAAAGACGCCGCUAAAAGAUGAGGAGACGCCAUCACUUCAAGUACCGCCUACCCCCAGAGUUUUGAGUCCUGGAAACAGCUGCAGUUUUCUUUCGAUGCCGACAUCUAAACUAGGAGACGAGUCGCGUAAAAUCAGAUGCUUUGUCACGACGCCAGUCGAAUGCCCGCUUACUCCUGAGAUAGUUCUAACGCCGCCCAAGACUCAGGACGAGAAUACAGCUGAAGGUCUCAAGAAUGGACAGAAAACUGGCACGUCCUCGUAUUUUCAACCAACAUUUGAAGCCUUCAAAAAUUCCGAAAUCACGCAAUUUGAAGUCAUUAAAGAAAAUCUGAAAGGUUCCACGCCAAAGACUCAGUCUGAAUCUGAAAAAACAAUUAAUGAUGCUCCGAAAGAUCAAAGUAAAUUUGAACCAUUCAAUGAUAAUCCAAAACUAUUAAGCGAAAUAGGAGCUAUACCAAGACACCAACAGAAUACUAUAUCGUCUUCUAGUUGUUCUUCGGCAACUUGCAGUUCUUGUUCUUCAUCAGUAGAAAGCUAUACAAAUAAUAACAAUGAUAAUGAAUAUAAUGACAAUGGCAACAAUGGUCCAGAUGUUCCUUCACCCAAUAUUCCAAUAAACAUCGAUGAACAAAAAAGCAACAUUCAAACUUCUCCUGAAAAACUUUUUUCUAUUAAAAAAACUGAUGAAGAAUUAGCUGAUACCAUAAAAGAAACUCCCGUGAAAGACGAUAAUGCCUAUCCCGAAAUGGGCAUUGUUGACACCCCUAACGUUUCAAAACCAGCUGAAAAUCCUACUAAUUUAAAUGCUAAGAUAUCUCAGAUGAUGAUCAUGAAAGAGAAAGAGCAGAUGGAAAUGCAACAGGUAGCAGAUAAGCAAAAGCCAAAGAUCAUUAGUGUUGAACACGUAAUGCCCCGAAUCAUUACGAAACCAUCUUCUCAGUUUAUCAAAGCUCUACCUCUAAGCAUGCAGAGACAGGCCUAUGAAAUACAGAACGAAUUUCUGCACAGAAAUCCACAGUUUCAGAGAGUAAAAAUUGAAAAAACUGAAAAAGAAGUGGCUCAAGCAGUCGAGAGUAUUACAGUGAAGUCCGAUUUCAAAUUUAAUAAAAGUUUAGAAAAAAGCGCGGGAAGCAUUACACUCAGUCCUAUUGAAAAACCUGACUUAGACAACACUCCACAUAAGAUAGAGCUUGUAAAAGCCGUAAAGAGUAUCACAGAUGGUGAUAUUGAUUCACCAUUAUAUAGUCCGGUAAAAACAGCUGUUUGUGGCGAUGAUGAAGAAACAUGCUCAAUCCAAAGCAACAAUAGCAAAAUUGAGCACUGCACAAGUAGUGAUCACUCACUAAACUCUUCUAUGAGUAAACCUAAAGUAAGAGUGUCCGAUAUCUCUACAAAGUGGAGUGACCGUAAUGCAACCUGCCGAGAAAUACAUAUGGUAUUUGAUGAUAGCGACUAUUCUCGAAAACGCAGAAGAAAAAAAGUCAACGAAGAAGAAUUGGUACAAGAAUAUUGCCUAGAUCAUGGGCAUGUAUUGCAUUAUUAUAAAUUUCGACCAACGACGUUUGAAUGUAUGUACAAUCAAGUGCCGCCAAGGAUACGAAAAAAGAAAGAAACGCUGGCAAGGACCCAAUUUGAAUAUGUCAAAACGGAUUCUCAAGAAUCUACUUCAACGACGAGUUCUGCGGUACUGUCGGGUGUAUCUCAUAAUGAAAGAGAUGAAGAAAAACGAAAUAUUAACCGUAAGAGAACAAUUGAGCCCGAACAAAGGACUAUUUACAAUAAGAAAAUAAAGAGUUUAACUUUUAGUCAAUUUUAAGACAUAAAAAUAUGCAUGAGUGCUGAUGAUAUUUGAAGAAGGUGCUACUGGUCAGAUUUACUAGUUUUAUUUUUUACUAGUCAGAUCUCAAUAUAACGUAAGAUUAUGUUUUUUUUUUAAUUUUUGUAUUAUCUAGCUGUUAUUUGAACAAACCGGUAGAUGGAUGAAUCAAAAGUGGUUGUAAACUAGAACACUGCAUAAAAAUGUUAUUUAGGAGUAUAAAUGUUUUUGAUAUUACUAAUCGUUAAGUCUAUUCAAUGUUAUGGAUAAACUGGAAUUCUAAAAGAACAUUUUUUAGUAUAAUGCAGUUUAUGCCAGUUGAAUAGUUUUAAAAGACUUUAAGAAACUAAGCAUUUUAUUUCUGUUUUGCUUUUUAGUAACAUUUUAAAAAUGGCAAUAAUAAGUAGAAUAUAAAAUGUAUGCAUAAAAGAUAAUAUGCAUACACGCCAUUAUAUAAUGUCAUCCUAACUGUAGAAA